CCUCCCCCUUACUAAAGAGCCUGGGGCCUGGAAUCAGGCCUUGUGUGGAAACCCCACUCCACCGCUCACAGUCUUGGGGGGCUUCAGGCACACGCUUGACUUUCUGAGUUUCCUUUCCCUGUCUGUAAAAUGGGACAAUAAUGCAUACUCCUAGGUUGUGAAGAUUAAAUGUGAUCAAAUACAGCUUAUGGCAGAUGCCCAACAGAGUAUGUGAAAAAACAGACAAGCAUUUCGUUGUUCGGGUCCCCUGGCAUUUUACAUGUCCUGGAGAAGCGGCCUUCAGGCAGGCCUGGAUGCCGGUCACUCGCCACUGCGCCCGCCUCCUCGCUAACGGCGGGGAGGGAGGGCUUACCUGCAGCGGUGACUCCCUUGAUUGGGGCAGUGAAAUCGGGGGAGGAGGAAGACUCCGGGACGCUCCGAGCCGGAACCCCAAGCGGCGCGGGAUACAGAUCGCCGAGGCCCCUCCCGCGGCGCUGACACCCCGCUCGGGCAGCCGGGGCCCCUGACCCUCCGCUCCCCCGGCGCCGCGCCGGGCGCGGAGGGGUGGGUGGCUGGGCCCGCGGCGCCGCCUCCUGAGACCGGGUGCCGGGAGCGCCCCUCGCAGAGCCCAGGGCGCCGCGGGAUGCCCGGGAGGCGGGGAACAGGGACCGCUGCCUCCGAGAUGUGAGCCAACCCCCCGCCGCCCAUGGGGGCGCCGCGACCAUCCGAGGGGGCGCCCCGCCGCCCGACCCUGCUGCUGCCGCCGCCGCUGCUGCUGCUCCUGGCCGCGCCGUGGGGACGCGCAGGUACGGGGAGCGGGCCCGGCAUCGGACCGACAGGUACGGGGAGCCGGCUCGCCGCAGGACCGACAGUCCCCUGUGGCUUGGGUGUUCUGCCUAAACCUACAAACAUCACUUUCUCAUCCAUAAACAUGAAGAAUGUCCUACAGUGGAAUCCGCCGGAGGGCCUAAAAGGAGUUGAAGUUAUUUACACCGUGCAGUAUUUCAUCAGAUAUGGGCAAAAGAAAUGGCUGAAUAAAUCUGAAUGCAGAAAUAUCAGUAGGACCUCUUGUGAUCUCUCUGCUGAAACCGCAGACUACGAGCACCAAUAUUAUGCCAAAGUCAAGGCCAUUUGGAAAACAAAUUGUUCCAAGUGGGCAGAAACAGGACGAUUCUAUCCUUAUUUAGAAACACAAAUUGGCCCACCAGCAGUUGCUUUGACUACUGAUGAGAAAUCCAUUACAAUUGUUCUGAAGGCACCAGAGAAGUGGAAGAGAAAUCCAGAAGACAGUUCUGUUUCCAUGCAACAAAUAUACUCCGAUUUGAAGUAUAAGGUGUCCGUGUACAAUACCAAAUCCAACCGAACGUGGUCGCAGUGUGUGAGCAACCACACGCUGGUGCUCAGCUGGCUGGAGGCGGACACGCUGUACUGCGUGCACGUCGAGUCCUUCCUGCCUGGGCCUCCCCGCCGUGCCCGGCCCUCGGAGAAGCAGUGCGUCCACACGCUGAAAGAUCAGGCAUCAGCGUGGAAGAUUAAAAUCAUCUUCUUGUAUGUUUUGCCGAUAUCCAUUAGCAUGUUUAUUUUUUCUGUGAUGGGCUACUUGAUGUACAGAUAUACCCAUGUUGGCAAAGAGAAACACCCGGCAAAUUUGAUUUUGAUUUAUGGAAAUGGAUUGGACAACAGAUUCUUUGUAACCGCUGAAAAAGUCAUGUUUAACUUUGUCACACUCAAUAUUGUGGAUGAUUCUAAAGUUUCCGAAACGGGUAUCAGUUUAACGGAAGAGAGUGGGGCCGUGGCCGGCCGGGAGGAGGCUGGGCCCAGUGGCGGCCAGGACCCCCGCCUGGAGGAGGUGGAGGUGAAGCACUUGGGCUACGCUUCACACGAGAUGGAAGUUCUCUUGGAAGACAUUUCCGCAACUCAGCAAGAAUCGCUCAGUGGAAACAGCCCCGUGGAUAACACAGUCAUAGGAUACGAAUACGAUAUGAGAACUUCCAUAUGUGUGGGGCCCGAAGACCAAGAGCUUCAUCGGCCGGAUGAGGUGUCCAUACAAGGAAAGUUAUUUGAGCGACGGGCAGCUGCGGCAGCUGCGGGGCCACAGGCUUUCCUGUCCUCAUACACCCCCCAGCUUGGACACCUGGAGCCCCUGGCCCAGGAUCACACAGACACCGAGGAGGGGCCACAGGAAGACGCUCUGACCACGCUGGUGGACUGGGAUCCCCGGACUGGCAGGCUGUGCAUGCCUUCGUUAUCUAGCUGUGAGCAUGAUGUGGAGGGACUGGAACCUUCCGAGGAGUGGUGUGGGCUCCCAGCCGGCGGCCUCCUGUCCAGACUCUACGAGGAGCCGGCUCCAGACGAGCCGCCGGAGGAAAAUGAAAGCUAUCUCCUGCAAUUUAUGGAGGAAUGGGGAUUGUACGUGCAAAUGGGAGAUUAAUGCCAAACCUUCCCUAGGCCAGACCCCUACUGUUACCGGGCAGGGACGGGCUGACGAUGAGUUACAGGACAAUAAAGGACCUGGUGAAAACUCAGCUUUCUCAGGGUCAGUGGGAAUCACUGACCUCUCCCCUCCACACACGGCACUGGUUUUCUUUGCCCUCACGUAGAGGAGUGGGUCAAGUCCGGGGGUCUCUGACAUUGAUGACCACCACCUGGAGUAGCAGGCAGUAAGUGACUGCCAAGUUAAAGGGAGAAUGUACCCAGGUGGGUUCUCUAGGGCUCCUGUAUUAUUUCUAAUAAGCACCCAGUUGUUUUCUGGGCACUUACCCUGUAGAUAGCAUUGUAAAAAUAUUUCAAAAAGAUCAUUCAUUUUAUAAAGGCUACUUCUUUAGAAUUUGGUCUCUUGGCAGAAUGAUGAAAUAAUUGAAACAUACACAUACCACUAGCUAAGUGGUAAACUCAAGGUGAAGGGUUGCAACUCACUAUCACAUCAUAGUAAUCCAGGUCUAGUGUGCAUAAACCAGGCACAGACCUUCGUGAUGACACGGGCUUUGGGCUAUUUUAUGUGGCCAUUUUUCUUUAAAUGCAAUUUUACUGAGAUAUAGUCACACACCAUAUAAUUCAUCCAAUGUAUGCAAUCAUUGGCUCACUGUAUCAUCAUGUAGUUGUGCAUUCAUCACCACAAUCAAUUUUCAUUAUUCCAAAAUAAAGAAAAAAAGAAAGAAGAACACCCAAAACAUCCAAUAUCCCUUAUUCCAC